AUGGGUCAUUUCCUAGAUAAUAGAACUGGCUAUUUAAGGACGAACACCUUCACCAUCUCUGGGAAAAAUCCCCAACUGUACAUGGAUGCACGGGUUUCCCCUCUGUCAUUAUCUUAUUAUGGGUUCUGUCUCGGAAAUGGAAACUACACAAUAAGCCUUCACUUUGCAGAGAUCGUGUUUACUAAAGACAGAACAUACAGUAGCCUCGGAAGGCGCUUAUUUGAUGUUUACAUUCAAGGACAGCGGGUGCUCAAUGAUUUCAAUAUCGAAGAUGAAGCUGGUGGAGUUAAUAUAGGAAUCAUAAAAACCUUUUCUGCAGCUGUCACUGAUAAUACUGUGGAUAUCUGCUUCUACUUUAAACAUUUCUCUUGGGACUUGUGA